AAACUAAAUGUAUUAAGACGUUGAAAAGACCAUACUGCGGCGAAUAUACAGCCUAUCAUAGAAACAAAACCUUCACGCAUAUUUUCCCCUACAAUCUCACUAUAGUGGAUGUUCUCCUUUCUUACCUUGAGAUUUUUUGCAGGCCUGGAGAUCUCAUCUCUUAAUGCGAAAUGUGUACGCCUAUGUCUUAUGAUGAUGCUGCAUGGGAAAAGAGCGAUAAUGUAUUUGAUGCAUGGAAGCAUAAACUAUACAGAAACGAUGUUCUUCAAGCUAUGGGCGGAUUUGUCCAGAAGCAUAGAGGGGGAGUUGCUACCAGCUGUGCAACCCCUUAAGAGGCAGCUUCAACGUGUGCAUUAAAGUUGAGUUUUUAGAUGGAGGUGCAGCUAUGAUCCGGAUCCCUUGCCCUGGCGUGGUUAUGUUUCCUGAAGAAAAAGUUAAGAGGGAGGUUGCGACUAUGCGACAUGUCCAGGAGAACACUUCGAUUCCUGUGCCCCUUAUCCUCCACCACGGAAUGGCUGAUGAAUGCCCAUACAAUCUUGGGCCAUUUAUAAUCAUGGAGUAUGUUAAGCAUGCUUAUGAUCUAACUGGGCUAUUUAAGGAGCAUGGCUCAACUGGCGAUACGAUGGCAAUUGACCCUAAUAUCACAGACGAAAAGUUAUCCUGUGUCUAUGAGCAAAUGGCAGAUAUUCUACUCGAACUCUCCAAGUGCUCAUUCCCGGAAAUUGGCUCUUUAGUAGAGAUCCAGGAGUUCGAAUAUUCGGUCGCAGAGCGUGCUAUGACGUUAAACACAAACGAACUCGUUCAGCUUGGGAACUUCCCUCCAUCUCAACUCAAGUCGCAGACAUUCAAUUCGUCUGCUUCAUAUCUUCAAGCACUUUCAGACACGCACAUUACUCACCUAUCAACUCAACAUAACGAUGCCAUUGAGUCAGCAGAGGAUUGCCGCCGCAGAUACAUAGCGAGGCAUCUCUUCCGCAAGCUUGCAACUGAGCACCGGCUUACAAAUGGCAACGACAAGACAUUUAAGCUAUUCUGUGACGGCCUUGGCCCGCACAAUGUUCUCGUCGAUGCCGAAUUCAAGGUCGUCGCAGUUAUCGACUGGGAGUUCGCAUACUCCGCGCCAUCGAAGUUUUCGCAGACGCCUCCUUGGUGGCUUCUCAUCCAAAUGCCGGAGCGUUGGUCUAAGGGGCUUGACAGCUGGGCGGAAAAUUAUGAAAAGCGGCUUCAGCUAUUCCUCCACUGUCUAGAAAAACGCGAGCAAGUGUUCUUAGAAGAGGGGAGGAUUACUAAGGAGGACUGUCUCUCGCACAAAAUGCGGCAGAACUGGGACAAUGGAGAUUUCUGGCUACAUUACGCAGCUAGGAAAAGCUCGGCUGUCGAUGCUAUAUACUGGUCAAAAAUCGACGAUAGAUUCUUUGGGGCUCGGGAUUCUUUUGAGGGCAGGCUCGCGCUUCUUAACGAGGGGGAUAGAAAAGGGAUAGAUGCGUUUUUGCAGAGGAAAACCGAGGAGCAGGAGAGACGGAUUUUAAUUGACUGGGAUGCAGACGGCGUUGCGUCCUAGUGGUAACGAGGUACCAUCUGCUAAAGCCUACGCAUUAGCAGAUUGAAGGGCAGCUUCGGGCACGAACACGUAACAAUUCUAUACUCUG